GUUUACAAGAGCAGCAGUGGUGAGAGGAUUGCCGUGACAGAGCAUCGCUGAUGACGGGGGAGAGAGAGAGAGAGAGAGAGAGAGAGAGAGACAAACAGAGAGAGAGAGAGGGAGAAGGAGGGCGGCUCUGUAAACACCACCAGAAAGAAAGUACAGAGGCAUUUUAAGCUCACCAUAAGCAGCCGAAAAGCAGCGCGGAGAAAUAUUUGAGGAGGAGUAAUUGGGAGCAGAGACUGGAAGGAAGGAAGAAGGCAGAGGGCAAGCGGGAGGACAGAAAGGCUUUCAUUAAUUCAUGCCGGAGGGGAAGGAUGUUACGGCCGCUGCUACAGUGUGUGUGAUGCAGCUCGGCGGUGAAGGCUCUUGUGUGUGACAUAGGCGCGUCCGUGGCCCCAGUGGGCUGGGGGAGUCCAGCGUCCGGUUCCACCCUGACCAAGGGGCCACCAGGAGACACAAAAAGGAACGACCUGGAAUGACGGUAACCUUUCAAGUUGUCACCAUAAGCCACUGCCAGAGGUAAUCGGUGCUCCACAUCUUCAUCCCUGGUACCCGCAGGCCCAACCAAAGUGGCCCGCAAAAUGGGCGAUGGGGGAUGGGUGUGCCUCAGCCCAGCUGAGUUUACCCAGCUGCAGCAGUACAGUGAGUACUCAACGAAGAAGCUGAAAGAUGUGCUGGAUGAGUUUCACGGCGAUGGAAUCCUUGCCAAGUACAACCCUGAGCAGAAGCAAGAUGUUCUCAACCAACCCAUUGACUACGAGGGCUUCCAGCUGUUCAUGAGGACAUACCUGGAAAACAAUAUCCCUGAGGAGCUCUGUCUUCACCUCUUUACUUCCUUCAAGAGCAAGACAGGGCAGGAUUCACCUGUAGCUACCCGAGUAAACACGGGGCUGCUGGAAACCAAAUCAGUUGAUGCUGGAAUCUCCAUUCAGACAGAAGUCGCCUGUGCUCCUGUUACAGGGAUCAAUGGGAGGAGCAUUCUAACUGCUGCAAGCUGUCAUGUGCCCGAGCCGGGGGGCGCUGUGUCUACAGGCUCAGGGGCCACGACCUCCUCCUGCUCCUCACGCUCUUCCUCCCAGCGGUCGGGGACAGGGGGCCACACACCCAGGGGCUCUCAGCGCAAACCCCCAGGCGGUGGCGCAAAUGCCCUGGCUGCUCCUCUUGCUGCCCAUUCUGCAGCUCAGCAUUGUGAGCCAGGGCACCAGAGUUCAGUACUUUCACCAUCCAGAGAAGUGAACAGUGUGGAAAAGCAUCCAGCGCUGGGCAGGAGUCAGUCCCCACAGAAGGGAGCCUCUCUGUCCUCACCCCAGGUGGUCUUCCUGAAAGACAUAGUGUGCUACCUAUCCCUGCUGGAGAGGGGGACCCCAGAGGACAAACUGGAGUUCAUGUUUCGGCUGUACGACGCGGACGGCAAUGGUGUGCUGGACAGCUCGGAGCUGGACCGCAUCAUCAAUCAGAUGGUCCACGUUGCAGAAUACCUGGAGUGGGACUGUACAGAGCUGCGGCCGAUCCUGAAGGAAAUGAUGGAAGAGAUUGACUAUGACCGGGAUGGGACAGUCACGCUAGAGGAGUGGAUCAGAGGUGGCAUGACCACCAUCCCACUGCUGGUGCUGCUGGGCAUGGAGACUAACAUGCAGGAGGACGGGCAACACGUCUGGAGGCUCAAGCACUUCAACAAGCCAGCCUACUGCAACUACUGCCAUACCAUGUUACUGGGCGUGCGCAAGCAGGGCCUCUCCUGCUCCUUAUGCAAGUACACAGUCCAUGAGCGCUGUGUGUCCAAAGACAUUACUUCCUGCAUCAGCACCUAUGCCAAGUCGCGGCGGCACACCAACGCUAUGCAACAUGUGUGGAUGGAGGGGAAUUCACCCACCAAGUGUGACCGGUGCCACCGGAGCAUCAAGUGCUACCAGGGCUUGACAGGUCUGCACUGUGUGUGGUGCCACUUGACUCUCCACAACAAGUGUGUGUCCAACGUGAGGCCAGAGUGUGAUGGGGGGGCCUUGAGGGACCACAUCUUGCUGCCUUCCUACAUCUGUCCAGUUGUGCUGGACCGUCAGUCUGUGGUGAAACGCAGCGAUGGAGAGUCGCCACCCAGCACUAGUCCCGAGGACUCCAGCCUGAGCUUCAAGUUCACAGGAGAUGGACAAGGACUGCAGAUCACUCCUCUGCCAGGGACACACCCCCUCCUGGUUCUGGUAAACCCAAAGAGCGGCGGGCGCCAGGGUGAGAGGGUGCUGCGCAAAUUCCAGUACCUGCUGAACCCCAGGCAGGUGUACAGUCUGGAUCGGGGGGGACCCAUGACUGGGCUCAACUUCUUCCGCGAUGUCCCAGAUUUCCGAGUGCUGGCGUGUGGGGGGGACGGCACUGUCGGCUGGAUCCUCGACUGCAUUGACAAGAUGAGCUUUGCCAGACACCCCCCAGUGGCUAUCCUGCCCCUGGGCACUGGGAAUGACCUAGCCCGGUGCCUACGCUGGGGAGGAGGCUACGAGGGUGGCAGCCUACUUAAGUUCCUGCGGGACAUUGAACACAGUACCGAGGUGCUGCUGGACCGCUGGAACAUAGACAUCAUCCCCAACGACAAGGAGGAGAAGGGCGACCCUGUUCCCUAUAGCAUCGUCAACAACUACUUCUCCAUCGGAGUGGAUGCCUCCAUUGCCCACCGAUUCCACUUGAUGAGGGAGAAGCACCCAGAGAAGUUCAACAGCAGAAUGAAGAACAAGCUGUGGUACUUUGAGUUUGGAACCACAGAGACCAUUUCGGCAACAUGCAAGAAGCUCAACGAGAGCCUGGAGGUGGAGUGCGAUGGCACCGUCCUGGACCUCAGCAGCACCUCCCUCGAGGGUAUUGCUGUUCUCAACAUUCCCAGCAUGCACGGUGGCUCUAACCUGUGGGGGGAGACUAAGAAGAGGCGGAACUACAACCGAAUGAGCAAAAAAGUGCCCGAGCGAGCGCCAGCCAACACCGUCACUGAUGCCAAGGAACUGAAGUUCUGUGUUCAGGACUUGAGUGACCAGCUCUUGGAGGUGGUGGGCCUGGAAGGGGCUAUUGAAAUGGGGCAGAUCUACACGGGCCUGAAAAGUGCUGGCCGUAGGUUGGCUCAGUGUGCCAGCGUGACCAUCAGGACGUCCCGCCUCAUGCCCAUGCAGAUCGAUGGGGAGCCCUGGAUGCAGCCCCCCUGCACGAUCAGGAUUACACAUAAGAAUCAGGUUCCCAUGCUGCUGGGACCCCCCCAAAAGACCCCUUUCUUCUUCUUCAAGAGGCGCAACCGGAGUCAGGACUAGAGGGAGGGAAACACCGACACCAGCUGCCAUUGACCACGAGUCUGUCGUCUGACUGGUUCAGGCACUCGCAGCUUGAGCUUGAGGCUGGUGGCGGAAACCCAAAAAAGACUCUAUGAGAGGUCCAACCACUGCACCACCGAAGACCUUCUAAAGGGACACUGCGAAGUGCCCAUCCUCAAAGACUAAAUCUCCCAUAAUUCUCCUGGAAACGUUCCACUUGACGGUGGGAUCCCACGCCCAUUCAAUAACUCUCCAUGUCCAGUGUCCCUUGACUCCUUCUCUCUCUUGUCCUUGCCAUCGCCAUGAGUGUCACACUGCCUGGGAAAUGCACCAGACUUUUCUAUACCUCCAGCUGGAUGAGACACAUAAUGAGCCAGCAUUAACUCCACAGUAUACACCUGCCGCAGCCUUCAGAAAGUAACCACACUAAAAGCCGGACGGCUCUCCGUGUAAAUACAUACGAUCUACUGCCAGUUCUUAUUGACCCCGUAGUGUGUGACUAGCGUGCUUGCGUGAGGCAGACCGUGUUGAAACCAUCCAGGGUGGAAUAGGUUAGCAGACUGCAUCAGGCCUACUCUUUCUUCAGGAGCCGAAACUCAGUGACCUAGAAUAGCAGAAUGUACCCCAGGAGGUCUAAAUCACUGUGCAUCUGACAUCUGACUCAUCACCCCAGCAGCGCCGAGGGAGGUGUCAUGCCUUAUUGAUGUCUCCUUUGUCACGCUGGGACAGGUGGGCCGUGUUCAGGCUCAGGCGCCAUGGAACCCGCCUGUCCCGCGGAGGCUGUUCCGCUGGCUCUGAGGGCGAGUCUAGCUGAGCGAGACCCGCUGGUUGAGGAGAACGCCAGAUGGCUCUGAGCUUUGCUCAGUUCCUGUCCCAGGCCUGGUAUGGAGGGUCCAAAGGGGGUUCAGGACAUGUUUUAAAACUGUGAACCAACUUAAAAUUUUCCAUCAGACGUGAUUAAUUCAGACCUUUGAUUGAGGUCAGUGUAGCUUUAAUUUUGCCAUUAAGACGAAGGAUGACCGUCUUCGAGAGUUCAACGGCGCGGCCUGUAAAAAAGAAGCUCUCGAUCAGGCUACUCAAGGGCCCCCGUGCAGGGGCUGUUCUUGGUCAAUCCUGCGGAUUCAUUCGUGAUGCAUCCGAUAGAGUGCGAAGAUGAUCCGCCAAAAGUGUUACUCGGUGCCUCAAGUUCCUGCAGUUUCAGCAGAGUAUCUGGAUUAGCUGACUGCACUGUAGGUUUUAAAUUUAACAGUGUACUUCAGAGGCCCCCCUCUGAAACUGUACUCCUAUCUUUCAUGUCAGUCC